AAACCAUGCUCACCCCCCACAAAUGUGUGUGUGUCUGUGUGAGUGUGUGUAUGUGGAUCGGUGAGGGUGGGUGUGAUUGAGGCAUGCAUCAGCAAUCUCCUCCCUCCCUGGUCACUAUACAUCCUGGAGGACUCCUCGCACUGUCUAUCACUCAGCAGAGGCACACGGUGAGCUCAAGAAGUCCUGACUUGACACUAGCACCAGCAGCAACAGUCUUAGAGAAAUCGGGCAGCAUCCCUUCUCGAUUGGAGCAGAGCACCAUGGCAGGCAGCACUGUCCUUCACUUGGGCUUCCUUCUGACGCUUGCAGGAAUUCUCCUCCUCGCAUGCAGCUCAGCACAAAGAGUCAGAGUAAGAAGACAGAAUAUGAAGGUUCGAAUCAAUGCGACCGGGGAUACCAUAGUUCUGAAGUUCGUUCGACCCAACCCUGACAUCAAACUUGAAGGCUACAUUUUAGGAUAUGGUUCCAGCAUGUUCUCCAAACAGUUCAUUCAACUUCCAGAAAAUGGGGAACCCUAUGAGACCGAGAUUGAUGCUGAACCCAAGUACCUGGUAGCUGGGAAUCUUUGA